AAAAAAAAAAAGCACUGACUGCUCUUCCAGAGGUCCUGAGUUUCAAAUCCCAGCAACCACAUGGUGGCUCAUAACCAUCUGUAAUGGGAUCUGAUGUCCUCUUCUGGGGUAUCUGAAGACUGCUACAGUGUACUCAUAUAAAUAAAAUAAAUAAAUCUUUUUUAAAAACCCAAAAAAGUACUAAUGCACUAAAUCCUAUAAUUCAUGAUAUUUUUAAGUUUCUUUCUAUUAGCUUUUUGGCCUCUUCGUUACAGGUUAUAUUUUUCCUGCUUGUUUUCAUGACUAACAUGUUUGCUUUCAAUCUUAAAAUUAAUUUAGUCAGCAUGCAAAAAUGGAUUUAUAUGACAUUUACAUACAUGUGUACCUACAUAAAACUGCAAAAUCCUGUUUUGCCUUUCCCUCCUAUUUCCCCCCACACUACCCCCGACUUGUUCCUCUUCUCCCUCCCCAGUGUUCCCCCUUCUCUUUCAUGUCCUUUAGUGCUUUUUCUUUUCUGCAUGUAUGUUUGGUAUGUGCAUGUGCGUGUGUUUACAUGUAAAUGGAAACCCAUUGGCCUGUGUGUAUGCAUGGGUAUCCUGAAGUAGACGUUUGCUGGCUUCCUGCUUUUAUUGAUUAAGACAGGCUCUCUCCGAGGUCCUGGAGCUGGCCAAUUCUAGCUUGCCUAGCUGGCCAGCUUGCCUCUAGGAUGCUCUGUCUCUGGUUCCCAGAGGCAGGAAUUGGCAACAUGUCUGCCUGGCUUUCCCAUGGAUUCAAACUCUGAUCCUUGUGCUUGAUGGCAAGAGCUUUAUACACAGAACCGUCUCCCUAGCCAUGGGUAUGGGUUUUGUUUUGUUUUUUUUACAUUUAGAUUAUGCAUAUGAAAGGUUCGUUUUAACAUAAUGUUUCAUAGCCCCAAGGGACAUAAUUUCAUCCUUCUUUAUGUCUGAAUAAAACUCAGUGGUGGAUAUAUGCCACCUUUCCUUUGCACACUUAACUGUUGUUGGGCAUCCAAGGUGAAUCUAUGUCUGGGUUGCUGUGAAUAGUGUAGAGAUGUGUGGAUAUCUCUCUGGAGUGAUGACUUAGAGUCCUUUGGGAAUGGAAGCAAGAGUGAUACACCUGGAACUUAUGGUGUUUCUCUGGGUUGCUUGAGCCCCCCUUACUGACUUCCUUAAUGGCUCCAUCAGUGUCCAUUCCUGCUAGCAAUGAAUAAGGACUCCUCUUCCCCUUGCUUCUUCAGCCACAUUUGUUGCCAUUUGUUUUCUUGACAGUAGAGGGGCAAUAUAGAUUUGCAACAAAGUUUUAAUUUGAAUCUUCCUGGUAGUGAAGGAGCGUUUGGUGAUUAUUUACUUAACCUAGUAGCAAUGAAUUGAAAGUUUUUAUUAGUGAGAAUUAUAGAUAGGACUAAGAGAAGUUGAGAAGUUCAAUUAUUUUUCUGAAAUGGAAUAAACAUAAAAUCAAGAAAAUUCCUCUUUACAAAACCUUUUGGAGACAGGAGAGGUGGAUCAGCAGUUAGGAGCUCUUGCUCAUUUAGAGGAACUGGCCUUGACAUGUUGGCUCAUAACUCUAGUUCCAGGGGAUCCAAUGCCCUCUGCUUGCCUCUAUGGGUACCAGGCGUACACAUGGUACAUGUAUUUGCAUCAGCAAGACAUUCAUAAGCAACAAAUAAAUUAAUAAUUAAAAAUACUUUCAAGGAGAUUGACAAGGUAGCCUAGGGGAUAGAGGCAUUUGCCACCAGCCUGGUGUCACAGAAACCAGAAGGUAGACAGUGAGAACUGACUUUCAAAAGUUGUUCUCAGUAAUUCUCUGACUUAGACAUGCAUACGUGCACACUGGGGCACCCACAUCCACAGAUAGCGAAAGAGAGACAGAGACAGACAGACAGACAGAUAGACGGGGUGGGUGUAAGUUUUAGAAGACCUUCAAGGAAAAAAAUGGGCCCCACAUUCUUUCUCAAAAAGAAAAUGUAAAUAAAUGUAAAGGGGCUGGAGAGACAGCUGAUCCCAUAAGAGUGAGUUCUGCUCUUGUAGAGAAUCCGCACUCUCCGGCAUCUACAUUGGGCGAUGUUCAAGGAUCUGGGCUCACUGGGCAUUGCACCUACCUACACAAAUCCACACACAGACAUGUAAUUAAGAGUAAAAAUAAAAUCUUUUGCUAAAAAAGAGAAGCAGUCAUGGAAGGGUAGAGCGCAGUUCUGUGUUCUCACCAUCAGAAAACCAUUCCGCUCAGAGAGACAUCACCGUGAAAUUGUGGGUUCACUUGUUACCGAUUUUCUUUCAGUAAUACAAUUGGAGAACCAUUUCCACUUCUUAAGAGAGGUCCUCACACUCCCCUAAUGUUUGACCAGCAGUCCUGAUGGGAUUUUUGCUGAGUAAAGCUGCUGCUACUCACACACCUGCUGGGCCGAUAGAUCCGAAAGGGAAUGAUCACUUAAUUGGGGGAGCUGAGAAGAGUAAGGCGGGACCAGUGACUCGGUUAUUUCAAGACACCAAGAAAAUAAAGUUAGAAGACAUAAAACAAGAACACUACACAGGAAAGGAAGGAGCUGACACAAGAGGGCGUUCCAUGGGCUUUGUGAAGGAAAACGAUGGCCUGAUAGUGACAGAUUUGGAAUGAAGUCGCCUGGACAUUUACCAAAGAGACCAAAAGUUGCUUUUGAUAAGAGGAUGUGUUCGAUGUAGCCAAAGCCCGUUAGGAAGCCUAACAAAAAGAAGGAAGAGAGGGCAGGCCCUUCUGAAUCCAAAGUGGAUUUCUGUGGGCUCUAUCCUAUCCCUGUCAAGCACCGCAGGUAUUUUCACUAAAUUUCUGGUGUUAACACACUUUACUGUAAUUAUAAUAAACCUUUUAGCAAGUAAUCGGAAGGGGUCUAAGCAAAACAGGACUACUUCACACCUCCUGCGGCGAGUACUUUAAUACACUGAACUUCCGGUGUGGGAGUUUGCCAUGGAGCCCUCUUCCUUCCUACCUGUUCUGCAAAAGAGCUCUGCUGACAAGAACCAUAAGCCACCUGCCUUCAGAAGCACUCCUCACCCUGAGUCUCUUCUGAUGGAUUGCCUUCAUUUCAGAGUUAGGAAGUAGUUCUUUCCAAUUGUAAUUGUUUGUCUUGUGGUAACUAUCAUUUUAUAACACAGUAUCUCCUGUGAGAAAAGCUAAACUUAUAUCUGUUGUCAGGACACCACUAGUAUUGUCCCAAGUAACAAUGGAAGAAAGGAAGACUACUUUGUAUCUGAAUACGUGGUGACUUGUAAUCAUUUAUACGAUACAUGGGUUUCUGUGGUUGCCUGCUUGCUUGGUUCAUUGUUUGGUUUCCAUUUUGGCUUGAUGCUGGGAGUGAAUCAAAGGCAUGGGACAUGCUAAACUUGCAACUCUACCAUUAAGUUCCACCUCGUGUUUUGAACAUGUUCUUGUAUGCUAAUAUUUAAUGACUGUGGGCUGGAGAGAUGGCUCAGUGGUUAAGAAUACUGACUGCUCUUCCAGAGGUCCUGAGUUCAAAUCCCGCAACCACAUGGUGGCUCACAACCAUCUGUAAUGAGAUCAGAUGCCCUCUUCUGGUGUGUCUAAAGACAGCUAGACAGCUACAGCGUACUCAUAAACAUAAAAUAAAGAAACAAUUCUAAAAAAAAAUUUAAUGACUGUAUCUAUUGCCUCACUGCACAAUCUCCUUAAUAUUAACUAAAGGGUAGAGAACAGGGCAUCUUGGGAUUGGAGGGGAACAAUAUUUUAUAAAUCAGGCCAACACUAAAGAAAUUAAUCUUGAGCCUAGUAUUAAAAAGGUAGUUAAGUUAUUCCAUCUAUCCUUCGUGGUACCUAGUACCCUCAAACUGUAAUCCCCAGUGAACAGGUUCUUCUGAAUCAGGUUCCUUCUGUCAGAUAUUUCGUCAAAGCAAAAACUAACGUAACAAAUUCACCUAAUCCAGAAUCACUCUUGGUGCUGGGAAUAGAAGAGCCACUGCCUUCAUUUCAUGGUGGUGCCAGAGAAGACACAGGCAGUCAGCAGUAACGUACAAUAAAAGCUGCGGUGUGCAGUGUGCCGUGAAAAAGGAAAGGAGAGCACUUGAAAAGCCACGAAGGCAGCUAUCACAUGUGUGUGAUUUUAAUGGUUGCAACUAGGAAGGCUUCUCUGGAGGUGGCCAUAGCUUCAGCUAAGUGGCCAUCCAAACAGCUAAUGACAGCGGUGUUCCCAGUGAGAUGGAGCAGGAUACAGCGAGGGGUCAAUGUGAGAUGUGGCCAAGAAAAGGAAGCGGGUAGAUGCAUUGAGGUUCCACAGAAGGAUGAGCAAACUCAGUGCUGUAAUUUUAGAUCAAGUUUUCAACAAUGGGACGAAGCUCAGUUUUUCAUUUGGAUGCUCUAACACCCUGCCCUCCAUUACACCAUACUGUGUAAAACUGUGUUGUUGGUUUUGUUUUGUUUUGUUUUGUUUUGUUUUGUUUUGUUUUUUUCCGGAGACUCCAUUGUAUAAGCAAAUUCGACUCCAUUUGGGAGAUGACCGCACUUGGGUGAACAUAUGACCUAUACUGUCUGUCUUGCACCCCGCAGAAGCACAGAUUAAUAAAUGACUUGUGGUGGACUGGUUUGAUAGGGAACACAUGCUGUAUUGGGAUGAUAUCAGAGGACUGUAAGGUGGGCUCAGCAGGUAAGACACAUGCCUCCAAGCCUGACUAUUUGAGUUUGAAGGAAAGAAAGAGCCAACUCCUGCAUGCUACCCUCUGACCUCCAUAGCACACAUACAUAAAAAAAUAAGUGAAAACAUAAUGAAACGCCAGGAGAACAUACUAGAUACAUAGGCCAUGGAAAUCAGACCCCACAGAGAGGCCUAUGACUGUGAUGCUGAUGGCCACACUAUCCUGUUGUCUGACUAUCCAGUGUGGGUCUGUGUGAGAACAUGACAGCUCCCAGCUCUCCCAGGGGCUUCAGCCUCACUUUGUUCCAGCUCGUUAGCACAGACUACUCAAACUGCCAUCUGCCCGCUGUUUGCUUCUCCAGACCUGUGUCUAUCUGUCCACCCACUUGCUCUUAUGGGCCAGGUUCCGCCCUUUCACCUCCGCAGCUGGACUCAACUGUACAGCUCAACUCUGACCCCGUAGCCUGACUAUAGC